AUGUCCGACGACAACAUCUCCAUCUACGACGAGAUCGAGAUCGAGGACAUGACCUACGACGAGGACAUGCAGAUCUACCACUACCCCUGCCCCUGCGGCGACAAGUUCCAGAUCGCCCUGGCCGACCUCCGCGACGACGAGGACAUCGCCGUGUGCCCCAGCUGCAGCCUCAUGAUCCGCGUCAUCUUUGACAAGGACGACCUCCCCAAGGACGACCCCGAAGACGACGCCGAGCUCGCGGGAGAGACCGCUGCUCAGAUCCCCGUCGUCGCUUGA